UGGUUCCUGCAUUUCAAGAAUGGAACAAGAUACCGCUCAGGGGCAGCUAGAUAUUGCAGUUGGGGAUCAGAGCCAGGCCGCCCAGAACGGUGAGAAGACUGAACCAAAAGGUCCAAAGCCCGGUGACGCAAAAAAGCUUAUUCAGUUCAUGGAAAAUCACUAUGAGGACUUUGUUGCCCCUGCGCAGUCCUUUGAUGAAUUCUACCAUGCCAUUUUUGAACUUAUCGAAAUGUUUUGCGAGGAACGUGGGCAGUUCCAGUACAAGAUACCAGAGAAAGAAACCCUUCUGAAGGCAUAUAACAAUCAUCACAAGACGGAGGGCGAGCUGAAGAAGGAGGAGUUCGUCGCGAUCAGCAAGGAGGUGAUCGGAGCCAGCAGCUUCACCUUCGGCAAAGCCAGCAUGGAGUUUCUCAUGUUCCUCUUCGGUGCCCCGGUGUGCGCGCUUCUCGCAAAGAGGAUCCUGCCCGGCGUGGGCUGGCUGUCGGACGACAUCGUGAUCCCUCUGGCUACCUCUGGUUCUGUCGCGUACCUCAUCAACACGAAGAGACUCUGAAGUCUGAACUGGGAAUGGUGCAGAAAGAAUAGUGACAGCAUCGUAAUGAAGCCAAAAUAACAUAUGGUUACGCCCCAUCAGAAACGCAGUAAUUUCACAAGAUUUCUAUACGUGAAUUAUUCUAGUUGCGUAUACUAUGAAAUUCCUAAAGAAUUCAUCGCAAAAAAGGAGAAAGAAAAUCCUAAAGAAUUAUAUGUUCCGCGCAAAUCCUUGAUUAGUUGAAGGUAUGACGGUGUGUGUUUAUGCCUGCCAUUAUAAACUGUCCUUUUUCUCUACACG